AUGCGAGCAUUCACUACCCAAAUGAUCGUCUUCGAGGAUUGUCCAGAUGACAAGUUUCCAACACUCAAAUCGUUCAAUGGACUAGUUGAACUUAUCGACAUUGUCCAUGCCAGUAAGACACCUGUCUUCAUUGCUUGUCCCACUGGAACUGGAUACUCGGCUGUUUUAGCUUUGGCUCUAUACAAUCGUCAGGAGAUUAUGGAGAAGCACGGAAAGGUCACAAUGGGAUCGUUGCUGAAUGAAGUCAGAAACUUCCGCAUAAAUGCAAUUGAGAGUGCCAGACAGUACUUGUUGGCUCUGCUUCUCAUUAUCAAGGAUGUAAUUGCGAGUAUUAGCAAACAUCAAGAAGUGCCAAACGAAGAGAUCAUAAAGAUGAGUAAAGAUAUCGACGAGCUCUUUGCCUCUUCCGAACGAUUGGAUGCGAAUUAUAAGAAUAGUAUAAACGAUGAGCAGAAGAUGAAACAGGGACUUUUGAGAAUUGAAAGUAUCGAGGUUACGAAAAAGGUUCCGAAAGCUCCGAAACCCUCGGAAGCUCCGAAAGUCCCGAAAGCCUCGGAAGCUCCGAAAGUCCCGAAAGCCUCGGAAGCUCAGCAAGCUCCGAUUGCUCCGAAUGCCUCGAAAACUCAGGAAACUCAGGACAUUCAGAAAACUCAGGAAACUCAGGACACUCAAGAAACUCAGCAAGCUCCUGCUGCAACAGCGCCUACUGUAAAUGCCAACGAGAUUGCAACAGGCCCCGAAGCUAACGAGCCUGCGGCUAACUCGCCACCAGCACUAACAGCAGAAAUGGUCCUGAAAACGGAAAAUCUCUGUGCACCUACUAGAGAUCCAAGUACGCUGGCAAAAGAUCGAGUCGGGGAGUCUGAGGCGAGAAAGAAACUAAGGGACGCGGCGGAAGCGGCAAGAAGGGCUACGGAUGAUCGAUAUCCACAUGGCAUGGGAUUCGGAUUCUUUAAGAAGAAGAGGCCGAUACCGAAGGGUCUAGAGAUGGAACGGACGCAAGACGGAGAGACGAUGCCAAAGAAGAAGAAGAACAAGAAGAAGAAGAAGGCGGUGGCGGAGGAGGGAAUGACAAUUUGUGAUGAUGGAAUGACGAUGUGUGAUGAUGAGGAGAUGAAGGAAGUCAAGGUUGAGAUUCCGAUUGCUCCGGCUUCAGCUCCAACUGAACCUAAGCAAGUUUGA